AUGGCUAAGGUCAUGUUCAUCAUUUCGAACAAAUACAGACUAGAUCAGAAACUUGGAAGUGGGUCUUUCGGUGAUGUCUAUAGAGGAGUCGACAUCUCAAACAAUCAGACUGUUGCUGUGAAACUUGAGGUGGAAACUUGUAAACACCCACAGCUUGAAUUUGAGUAUGAACUUUAUAAACUCCUCACCAGUGGAGAAAAAACACAGCCAGAAGGGUUACCUGCAAUCAAAUACUUCGGAUUGGAAGGAGAAUUCAGAGUGUUGGUGAUGGACUACUUAGGACCAUCACUUGAGGAUUUAUUCAAUUAUUGCGGAAGAAAAUUUACGCUCAAAACUGUGUUGAUGUUGAUGGAUCAAUGUUUGAGAAGAAUAGAAUUUGUGCAUAAGAAAGGGUGGAUCCACAGAGAUAUAAAGCCAGAUAACUUUAUAAUGGGGACUGGCGACAAAAGUAACGUGUGCUACCUAAUUGACUUUGGGUUGAGUAACAAAUACAUUACGCCCGAGGGAGAACAUAUACCUUACAACGAGAACAGGUCUCUCACGGGAACAGCCCGUUACGCGUCAUUAAAUAAUCACCUGGGCCACGAACAGAGUCGACGAGACGAUUUGGAGAGUUUUGCUUAUUCCAUUUUGUACUUGGCCAAGGGGUCUUUGCCGUGGCAAGGCCUGAAAGUACAAAAGGGCGAGGAUCGGUAUACCAAAAUUUACAACAAAAAAGUGGCAACACCUAUUCCUGAGCUCUGUGCUGGACUUCCAAAAGAAUUUGCCUCGUUUUUGUCUUACUGCAAAAGCCUGAAAUACGACGAGGCACCCGAUUACACAUUCUGGAGGCACAUAUUUGAGCAGUGCGGGCGAGAUAAUAAGAUCGAGUACGACGACGAAUAUGAUUGGAUCAUUAAAAGACGACAAGAAAAGGUUGACGAGUGA